AUGCAGUUCACUCUUCUAUCUCUCUUGGCGCUCUCGCCUCUCGCCGUUCUGGCGUCCCCGGCUGCUGUUCGUUCUGUUCCCCAGGAGCAGUACCCUGCCGUCGCUUCCCGCCUUGCCCUGAGCAUUGCCACCAUCAAUGCCCAGCCUACUGCUGCUUCUGAUGCUUCUGAGAACGAAGCUGCUGUUCCAACACAGGGACCCGGCCACGCUCAAGUCAAUGCGGCCAUGGCUGCUCGCAUGACCAUCACCUUUAAGAACAGCCAUGGUGAUGCCAUUUCCACCGUCCAUGUUCGUGAUCCUUCUGCCCCUGGACCUGUUUCUGGCAACACUGCUCCUGGAAAGAUGGCUGAUGGCUCAUCCGCCGUCGUUGUCUUCCCUCCUGGUUGGAUUGGAAACAUUGCCGUCAACGACGGUGCUUACUCCGACACUACCGGUGACGAAAGUUUGAUUGAAGCCAACUUCGUCAACAGCAAAGGCACCAUUAACGUCAGCUAUGUCAACGGUUUCUCUGCUGCCAUCACCUGCAAGUGCAACGAGAACAACAUCUACGUCGGCUGCAACAAGAACUUGUACUCUCUCCACAAGUGCAACACGAGCAACGGUCAGAACUCUUGCAGAAACCCAUCUCGCAACAAGGAUAAUGGUCCUGCUGAUGUCUUCUUCGCUCCUUGCCAUGGAAAGGGUGGUGCUUACACUUACCCCAAGGACGACAAUGCUAACCAGCUGACUUGGAAGUGCCCUUCGGAACAGUACACUUGCUGCGUCGGCUCCAAGUGUCCUCCCAACCCUAACCAGGCGCAUUGGUAA